UCUUCGGUGCAAUGGAUGCAUCUUGCGGUUGUAGCAUGUGGCGACCGGCUGCUGGAAACUCUCAACAUGCUGAAAUCAGCAGUUCUCUUUAGCAACAAGAAGCUCAAAUUUCAUAUUUUUGCUGAGGAUUCCCUGAAGCCAGAAUUUGAGAAGAAAUUAGAGGAAUGGCCUAACUCUUUCUCAAAGAAGUUUGAAUACAAUGUCUACCCAAUCUCCUUCUCAGUUGGAAACGCUGAAGAGUGGAGAAAAUUAUUCAAGCCGUGUGCUGCCCAACGCCUCUUUCUUCCGCUGAUUUUGAAGGAUGUGGAUUCCCUUCUGUAUGUGGACACAGAUGUCCUAUUCCUGCGACCCAUUGAUGACAUUUGGGGCUUUCUGAGAACUUUCAAUGCCACCCAGCUGGCUGCAAUGGCACCGGAACACGAAAUACCAAAGAUUGGCUGGUAUAGUCGGUUUGCUCGCCACCCAUAUUAUGGAACCACUGGGGUGAAUUCUGGUGUCAUGCUAAUGAAUUUAACCCGAAUAAGAAAUACGCAAUUCAAGAACAACUUGAUACCAACAGGCUUGAAAUGGGAAGAGAUGUUGUACCCUUUAUACCAAAAGUAUAAAAAUUACAUUACAUGGGGAGACCAGGACUUGCUAAAUAUUAUUUUUUAUUUCAAUCCAGAAUGUCUAUACCUCUUUCCCUGUCAGUGGAAUUAUCGACCAGAUCACUGCAUGUAUGGCAGUAACUGCAAAGGAGCAGAAGAAGAAGGCAUUUCAAUUCUGCAUGGGAAUCGAGGUGUCUAUCAUGAUGAUAAACAGCCUACUUUCAAAGCACUCUAUGAAGUGAUACGUGAUUUUUCCUUUGAAGACAAUCUUUUCCAAUCAAUGUACUAUCCUCUCCAGUCCAAGUUCCUCAAUACUGUACACACUUUAUGUGGGCGAAUUCCUCAAGUUUUUCUGAAACAAAUUGAGAGAACCAUGAAGAAUGUCUAUGAAAAUCAUGUGAUUGUCAAUAUUGGAGCCAAUUUCAGAUUAUAAUCAUAGCAAUAUAUUUUCAUAGAGCUGUUGUCUCCCAUCGUAUCCCACUCUGGGGCUGUGAACUGAAAGUUCUAUGCUGGCUUUUGCUACAGUUCUGUAAACAAGUAUCUGGGAGUAAGAUUCACAAAGCUUAGUAAGACGUAUUUCUGACUAGACGUGUAUAGGAUUGCAUUGAGUCAGUUAUUUCUUAAGCAAAAUUACAAGGCUUUUAUCUAAUUAUAAUAGUUACCACACCAUUAUUUAGCUUGAUGGCAAUGGUUUAAAUUCUGAAAAAAACAAAAGGAAUUACUGUUGUAGAUAAGAUGAGGAACAUAAAUAUUUGGAAACUCUUAAGACACAGAUACAAGGAGAAUUUCUCUGUAAUUCUAUGAGAAGGCUCUUACAGAUAUUUCUUGUGCUGGAAAAUAAUUGUGCUGAUAAUACUUAAUGAUAUAACUUAGUUUUUACAAUGGCAGAGGGAUGGAUUGUGCAAUUCAUCAUUCACUGCAUGUUGUUGCUUUGAUGCUUUGCUCUUUGAUCUUAGUAACCUUUUUGGAUUUUGGUAUUUCUACUCUAUCAACUCUCUUCUAUUGGCACUAUCAAACCUAGAGUAGAUGUUUUGGGGGUUUCUUGUCCCUCCCUCUCUUUUCACCAAUUCAAUGACCAUCCAGUUUUGGUACUGUAUAGUUGUCUAUGAGAUGAACCUAGUCAUUUCAGCUAUUUCAGCAGGGAAAAUUGGCCUUCUUUUUUAAUCAUGGUCUUGAUUGCAAAACUGACAUCAAGACCAUAAUUUUGAACCUCAUACUCUUAAGACGGUUUCUAACAGAUUGCAGUUAGUCAGAGUUCAUGUGUCACUUCAUUGAGGAACAUCUACCUCUUUAGUAGUUUAGGGACCAUUAUUAUUAUUAAACCAUAUGGGGAUUCUGUUUCAGCAAAUCUAACUGUGCCACAACUAUUUUAACCUGAAGGAUUGUCAGCCUUGCUACCUUGCCACCUGAAGAUAGUGGGGUAAAGAUUAAUUUCUUCUCUUUGCUAAUGUUUACAUGAUGAAAACAGCAACUGUUGUUGGUGUUAUUUCUUUACAGCCUGGUGGAAGGAGUGUAUGUAAUAAACCGAAUAGAUUCUUGUUUGAAACAUGUUUUAGCUAGUUAUUAAGGUGAUAUUCUCUGCUUUGCAUGAUGUAACAGAGUUGUCUUUAUUAUCUCACCAAGUUUUAAUAUAUAUGUUGUGUUCGUUGACAUCUUUGCUAUACCUGAUUAAGACAGCUAUUCUUCCGAAGAUCACCCUGUAUGGGUUGCUCAACACAAUUGCAAAUAAUAAUCCAUUCCUGAGUUAAAAUGCAGAAUGAUAUAUUUUACAGGAAUAUAUUUUUGUCAUUUUACAUAUAGAAUUUGAGGAGGAGACUUUUCACAGUGGUACAAUAUGUUCUAGAGAGCUCUUUUCUAUUUCAAAUAUUUAUGCAGUAAGGAGAACUUAGGGACAAUCAUAUUUCUCAUUACACUACUCUCUGAAGCAGUUUUUGAGCUUUUUCUUCUUUCCAUUCUUGAAAAUGUAGAGCAGAAUUUACUACAGGUUGAACAAAAUCGCACCUUGGUAAUAAGAUUGUCUACGGGGGUGAUGAUAGUUAAUAUGGCCUGUUAUGUCUGCAACCUGUCCUGUAGAAUGGAAGCAUAUGAGAAGGGGAUUUGAGAGAUCAACCAGAGGGUUAAAACAAAAUCUGGUUGGAUUUGUAAGUGUCACCCUGUGAAUAAGUUAAGUGAAUUUGAAACUGCUGCUAUAAUAAUGCCAAAAUAAUUUGUUUGAUGCUAGUGCUCCUUAAAGAGUAACAGCAAAACAGAAAGGGGUAACACCAUGCCACAUCCUCCUUUGUGGAUUUGUAUGUUUUUUGUCUCUCACAAAAAGGUCUUCCCUUUUGCACCUAUUUUUAACAUUAAAGCCCACUUGAGUGCAAUUUAACUACAGAAAAAGUCAGAAUACCUUGGUUAGCAAUUAUUAAAAAGAAAAGGUAGAUUUUCAUAGUAAGUGUUAGAAAAUCAAAUCCAUGGCAAAGGAAGAAGAGCUAAAUGCUUAUUUUAUAGCAGAUAUAGUAUUCAAAGGGAUGAAAAGACCUAAUAUAAUCUGUACAAAAGACAGAAUCUUGAAAAAUCCCUAUAAUGGAAAAUUGAUGACAAUUUUGAAGAGUGAGUUUGUUCAUUUUUCACUUGGUGAAAUAUAUGCUCUCUGUUAAAUCAUCAUUCAUGUGAAGGAUCUCAGCUGUCCUGUAAGAUGUAUAAAAAUCUAAUAUUGCAAAGUUUUUUUGUGCAGGGUUUUUAAAAGUGAUAUCUGAUACAGUAUUUGAUUCCAGGACAGAUUCAGAAUUUGUACAGUUCAAUUUCUCAAAUACAGUGUGUUUGUUAACCCUUUUAUAUCUCCUGUGUAACACUCAAGAGCAUAUACACAUGUCAAAGAAAACUGAAAAAUACUUGGAUAUGCAUCACAAAACUCUUUGAGGUUUGCCAUACAUUGAGACAACAUUUUUGUUGUGGUUUUCUCUGAAGGAAAAUAACAAAAUCUAUAGUGGGAAUUCUGUUCCAUUUGAAUCUUUGAUUUGAGUUACUUUAUUAGAUGCAUUGGAAACUGAAUUCAAAUGAGGAUAAGCUCAGUCAACAAACAAUGCUUUUUGUAAAUGCAAAUUCUUUUUGAGAAAUUGAGUUGCAGUUAUACUUUUAUAGUAAACUAAAUAGUGUGAUUUUGAACAUAAAGAAACAGUUACAUUUCUUGUCACACAAAGUAUUAUCUCUACCAUAUUUUGAUAUGUUUACCAAAAUUGUAAUGCUGCAUUAUAUUUUGGGUUUUUUUUAAAAAACAAGCAAACCUAAAAAAUACUUUUGAUAUCUCCGCUUGGUUUAUAAAGGAUUUAAUUUUCUAAUAGUGAAUUAAGACUAACAAUUCUGCACAGUAUUAGUAGACUUAUGCAAGGAAAAAUCUCAGUUUGCAUUCUGUUCUUGGGGGCGUUGUUGGUGGACUACGUUGCAAAGCUCUUUAAGAAAAAAUUUAAAAUAAUUAUAUAAAUAUAUUUACUGGAUAAAUGCUUAAUUUGUUUAACCAAACAGCUUGCAAUUUUCAGCACAUUUCAUAUUACAAUUUUAACAAUAAUCAAUAUUUCAAUAUGUUAUUAAUAUAUGCAAAAUACUAAUUACUGGUUUUUUUUAAAAAAAAUAGGCAUUACAUUAAAAGUUAUAAGGCAUAUA